AUUACCUCUCGGCACAAAUUUAUAUUUGUGAUAACGUAAAAUAUGUACUUUGCUUUAUAGGGAUUAUAAAUAUUACUAUCCAGUUUGUAUUAAAAUUUGUUCUUAGUUGUUUUAAUACUAUGUAAAGUACCCAGUGAUGUACGGUUGGUUUAACUGUUUAUUUUGAUGACAUGUGAAUAUAUGUUUGAGUGAUGAUACACUGUUUUUCACUUUUACGCAUCUGUGAUAAUGAUUUGAGUGAUAAUGGGCGUUAGUGGGCUAACUAGUUUUUUAUACAGAAAGGAGGAUGUGUAUUUUAAAAAGUUUUAUCUCAAGAACACUCCGUUGGUCAUCGAUGGUAACAGCCUGGCAGCAUAUGUGUCUACUCAUAUCGGCGGUUACAUGACUUUUGGUGGAGACUACGACAGGCUCGGUGCCAGGCUGGAGUAUAUAUUCACAAUGUUAGCUUCUUGCGGUAUCGUUCCGAUUGUCAUAUUCGACGGCUCUGCCGAAAAGAAAAAAUACAAGACGAUUAUUGCCAGAUUCGUCGGGAGGGUUCUGGGUCUGUACAACGUCUCACCGGGAUACUAUUGCGCCCAGUUCUUUCCGAUAAUGCUGAGGGCCGCUGUGAGGAAUAAGCUGCGCAGCCUGGGAGUAACAGUGUUGCAAAGCGAUUUCGAAGCCGACAGGGAAAUCGCAGCUGUAGCGGAUAAAUUAAAUGCUCCCGUGUUAAGCAACGACUCGGAUUUUUUUAUUUUCAACGUCCUUUACAUACCUCUCGGUAUGAUUGAAUUUAAAGUUGAAAAAGCAGGAAUGCCUUGUCUUAUUUUCAGUGUCGAAAACCUUCUGUGCAGGUAUGACGGUUUGGAGAAAGAUGUACUACCGCUUCUUUCUGUUGUUGCAGGAAAUGAUUAUUGCAGCGGCUCUGUUUUCUUGAAUUUCUUAGGUAAACUUUCCAAAUGCAGUAAUUCGAGUUUCUCAAGAUCUUAUAAAACAAUUCAUUCUGUUUUAUACUGGCUGAAAACGGAAUCUUACGACUCAGCAUUUGAAAAGAUUGUAAGCAGUUUUCCAGCGAAACAAAGAAAAACUAUAAAAAAGUUGAUAAAAAAUAUAGUCAAAGGUUACACUGAUUUGGAAACAUCGCUUGUUGAUUACAUACCUGAAGAGAAGCUAAAUAACAUAAAAAAUGCAGAAAAGGAUAUAACAUUGAGUGAAGGAAUUGCAGCACUGACCAUUUCCGAGGAAAGCACAGAAUCAGACAUUGAAAACGACGAUGAAAUAGAAUCAAAUGUUAUUCACUGUCAAGACGACGAUGCUGAAGAAUGUACAUUUAGUUUAAAUGUCGAGUCUGAUGAAUGUACAUUCGGUUUGAAAAAUGAUUCUGAAGACGAUUCUGAAAACGAGGUAAAAACAGAACAACUUCCAAGUUGGGUUUUAGAACGGAGUCGAGUUGGUCAGUUUGACGCUGUGUGCCUUACAUUAUAUAAUUUAAAAUCUUUCUUUAUGAAUCCUCAAAUCGAAGAGUACAAUAUGGAGUAUGCUGGCAUCGUCGCUCUACCCGUCAUUCAAUAUCUUGCUGGUGUCGUAUUAGGAGAAACGGAAUUCUCCCUGUGGUCACGUGCUAAUACAAAUAAAUACGAAGCCACUUCAGUAAAAACGUCGCAGUUCAGUGUAAAUGUUACUUUGGAAAAUAUCCCAAAGAUAAAUGGAUCUUUGAGGAAACAAUUAUUAAUGCAAGCUUUAAACAUAGAAGAUGGCAGGCUUUCAAAAGAAUGCCCUGAAGAAUGGGUUAUCUAUUUGUUUUCUGUGAUAUUCUGGGCAAAGUCGCCUUCCAGCUCAGCAAAGCCUUACCACGUUUAUUCGUUAAUAAUGGUGCUAAUUGCAAUCACCACAAUGGAUCAUAAAAUCGGUUAUUACAGGAAAAAAAAUUAUUUACAGCGUAAUAAAAAUAAAAUUAUGUUAUUAAAAUCAAAUUGUAAAAAGAAUGUUAAAACUGAAGUUACCAAUCCUUCAGUAAAAAAAGCACAUUCUAAGGUUAGCAAGGAUGAGUGUCUUCUUAUGACUGAAUCACUCACUCCUUAUUUUAUGAUAGACAGAACUUUAAGGUGCAGGAAGGUAUCGUCGACAAAAUUUUCCAAGGCGAUAGUCCACGCAUUUUCAGAGUUUCAGGCGUGUUUGCAAUCUGUAAUGUUGCUCAAUGAAGUUUUAGGAAUGGCUUAUGCGCCCACAGACAUUACAAAAAUUUAUAACGGUACUUUUUUAUACAACAUGACUGUAAAACUCAUGUCGAAAAGUUGUUACACAUUUUUAAGAAGUUUCUUCGAACAAAAAGGUGCGUCAUCGCUGGCAAAACUUUUUGUUUCUUUGUGUGAAAUUUUGAAAGACUAUUUACCAGAAAUUAUGACUAGUGAAUGCAGCAAGGUUAAAAAACGAAAAGCAAAUAAGUCUAAAAAGAAAGUGACGACAGUCUCUGUUGAAAGUACAAUUGAUUUAGUGGAAGACACGAAUGAUUUUGUUGAUCCCAACAAUAAAUUUAAUUUACUUUCAUGUUUGUAAUAUUUGUGUACAUAUGUAUAUAUGUUUUUACAUUAAAUAUAUUUGUUUUGUUUUAAUAAAAAACAAUGUAAUUAAUGAAAAAAUUGAUGAAAAUAUAAUCUUAUCUUAACCUACCACAAGCUUAUAUAAAGGUCAUAAUCAAAUAUCAAAAAAUUGUUAAAGUUGCUACAUCUGAGUGAACACCAAGUACAAUAUAUUUUUUAUUUANAA